CACAAUUCAAAUAAUAUGUCAAAAUAUAGCAAAAGAAAUAACUGUUCUCUUGAUCCCCCAGUUGCAAAGAGCUGUUUAAGUUCAACAAUUAGCUACUCAACCAGCUCACCUCUGUCCAGAGGAACAAUGAAGUCAAUCAUGCAGAACAACUGCUGACCCAGAAGUUAUGUUUCAGUGAAUGAGAGCAGCCAGCAGAGUAGCUGAGUGAAUGCUCACUCCUCAGUAAACAUAGUCCAUAAACAAGCAAUAGAACAAGAAUGGCGUACAAGUCGAUAUAUGAUUUUUCCGCAGAGACAUUGGAAGGAGAGGAAGUCCCACUGAGCAUUUACAAAGGAAAGGUGCUGCUCAUUGUCAACGUUGCCACCUUCUGAGGGUCAACGAUUGAGGAGUACCACCGAAUGAAUGCACUAAUGGAAAUGUUUGGCAACCUGAAUUUCACUGUGUUAGGUUUCCCCUGCAACCAGUUUGGUCUUCAGUCACCUGAGGUGAAUGAAGAAAUGCUCAAUGUACUGAAGUAUGUGAGACCUGGUGGUGGGUUUGUACCAAAGUUUCCUGUCUUUGCCAAGAUUGAGGUGAAUGGGUUGAAUGAAGAACCUCUUUUUACAUAUCUAAAGGACUCUCUGCCAUUUGUUAAUCCUCUUAUUGGAGAUAUAAAGAAGCUCUACUGGUCCCCAAUAUGUGUCAAUGACAUUAGAUGGAAUUUUGAGAAGUUUCUUAUUAAUUCAGAUGGCAACCCUUUCAAAAGGUAUGAACUUCACUGCCCCAUUGAAAUGGUGGAGAAAGACAUAGCAGACCUUCUCUGAUGGACAUUGGGGAAUCACUCCCUGAUGGCAGAGUGAUGAUCACUCAGUAAAUGCAUGUGUGCACCUGAGCUGAAUCUGAUUGGAAGAGGAACAUGUGUAGGAGCUUCAGUGCAUUCUCUCUGAGAACAAGUUCCCUUUCAGCCACUCAAGGAGUUUCCAUGUCACUGUCAUGCUUCUUGGAAAUGGACUUGGAACUGCCAGUCAGAAUCUAAAUUAAAAUAAAA